GUUCUUUCCCUUGUUUAUAAGUCUUUCGUGUUACUAUAAACAAUAUGGCGACCACAUGGAUCGAGAAACUUCGAAGUGCACAAAAAACUUGUCUGCUACAAGAUGGAAGGAAAAAGGUGCAUUUUACAUUUUCUGAUGGUGGUGAGAUGGCUGAGGAGUAUGAUGUCAGAACAGAUGAAUUAUUAGUUAGAAAAUGGAGAAAGAAGCUGAACAACAGUUUUGCCACUAAACAGACCUCUGAACAAUGGGAGUAUGAAAUAGGUGAACAGUUAGCUCCCAGGAAUUUAGAAUCUGCUGGCCUCAUGGAAAGUCUCUCUAAUCCAAUAUUUGUGAGAAAAGAUAGUAGUACAGCAUUUAUAGGCAGAGUAAGAAACCUUCCCUUUCCUAUUGAGACCUACAUGGUUACUGUUGAUGAAGAUAAGAAAAAUAUCGUGAUUAGAACAACCAAUAAAAAAUAUUACAAAAAGUUUGACAUUCCUGAUAUGCUGAGGGCACAGAUACCUUUGGAUCAGAACAGUAUAUCAGUAGCACAUGCAAACAAUACACUAAUUGUCUCAUACAAGAAACCUAAAGCCAUAAUUGAUAUGGAGAAACAAAUUCAGACAGAAAUUAAGAAAAUGAAAGCUGCUAAAGAUGGAGAUGUUGACUGUACGCCAAGCUGAUAGUCAGAAGUAAUGUGAUGUCUGAUAAAAACAAUUGGCAAUAUUCAUCAGGAUUACUGGGAAAAUUGGUGCAGCAACUAUAUUUACCAAGAUCAGGAUCAAGAAUAUCAGUUAUAACAGGAGAAGAUGAUAAAAAAACAAAACAAUGUUGUUUUUAUUUUUGUUAACUGUUUCAAUACUGUAUUUAUUUUGCAAAACAUUUUUUGAUACAAUAAUACAUUAUUGAUUUUAAUCAUGUGCUCAGAAGGUAUUAUUUAUUAAAAAAAAUAAUCACUGA